AUGGCGGACCCGCGCGCGGCCGGCGGCGCCUCCACGAGCUCUGGGGACGACAACGACCUGAGUCCGAACGAGUUCGUGCAGCGCCAGAUGGACAAGAUGCGCAGUCUGGACGAGAGCGAGCAGACGUCGUUCCUCGAGUCGGGGCCGUCGCACCGCAGCAGCACUCAUAGUGGUACGAGCGAGCUCUCGACCGACAUGACAGUGUACGAGAAGUUGCAGGCGCUCGCGUUGGCGGGCAAUAUCAAGUUUGACGAAGCUUCGAGUUCUGGCGGGCCCCUGAACAAUGAAAGCGAUGCAAAAGACGGCGACGAAGGAGGAGGAGAUGGAGGAGGAGGAGGAGGAGAAGAAGAAGAAGAGGAAGAGGAAGAGGAGGAAGACGAUGACGAUAUCUACGAAGUCUCGUGGGACGGCGGUCCGCUUGGUCUGCUGUUCAAGGCGAACGCCAGUGGCCAACCAGUGAUUCGACGGGUCAACAAGAAGGGAGCAGCUACAGGACUGCAAUACGCACGGGCAGGAGACGUACUGGUGGCACUAAACGGCGUGAGUGUGUCAGCGACACCGUUUCGGGAAGUGAUCGAGCAGCUCAAGGACCCCGAGUUCCCUGUAAAACUGGAUUUCCGACCGCUGAAACUGAGUGACUUGGCAUCCGCAGCGACACCCAAGUGGGGCUUACCACGCACAGGUUCAUCCGUUCACAGUAGUGAUGCGGCGUCAGCAUUUUGCGGCUCGCCAGUGUCAUCGAAUGCCACAGUGGAUAUGCGCCAUAUUCGAGGAGGAGGGUGGGGCGAUUCGUCGCCCAUGUCUAUGCAACAGGUGAACGAAGCGCCGACCGAAGACCCAACGGAUGUGGAAUACGAUGUGGUAUGGAGUGAGGGUCCACUCGGAUGUGAAUUGAAGCAGCGGAAUGGGCAACCCACUGUAAAGUCGGUAACGGGAACAGGCGUGACCCCGUCCGUGGCUCAGAUCGCAAUGGGUGACAUGCUUGUUAGUAUCAAUGGAUUACGCGCCGAGGAAAUCGGUUUCAAAAGCACAGUGACGCUGAUGAUGCGAGCGACAAAGCCUGUGUAUCUGCGGUUCCGCCGGGCUGGCGCUCGCCAAUCAUCGUCUACGUCUGCUACAAACAGCUUCAAUGAUUUUAUAUCAAGUGAUUGGGGGCCGCAGAACAAUAGAGGGACUCUGCAGGAUGUAUCUGGACUCGGUGGCGGAGCAGCAACUUUGGACUCGAAGCAGUAUACGGUGUUGUGGCGCGACGGGCCGUUAGGUAUUCAGAUUCGUACCUCUAGCCAGGGCCGCGUGGUCGUGGCACGGCUUACAGGUGCAGGUACCCCUAACGUCAACGAUACAGUGAAGCCUGGCGAUAUUUUCGUGCGUGUGGCCGGGGUUGAUGUUGACUCCUUGGGUAUUGCUGGUGCGUUUGAAAUGCUUAAAACAGUUCAAAAGCCUGUGGUACUUGUUUUCCAGCGGCGCAGUCGUGACCAUGGGCGCUCGCACUCACGCGGUAGACAUCCCGGCCUGCCUGCACCUGCACCGUUGCCGUCGACUUCAGCUGUGCCUUCAUUUCGGCAGAUGCGCGAAGAGGAAGCGGCAGCGGCUCGUCCACCAAUGCUACGGGCUGGCAGUGGUGGAUACAACAUGGCACGACAAGGAAGCCACAGCCGCGGUGGAUCGAUGAGGCAACUCGGAGGUGCAUACUCGCAAGAGCUAGAAACCUACUCGGCGUCCGACGACGGUACCAGCCAGCAGAGUUUCGGUCAUCGUGGUGAUUCGCCGCGUUCGCAUGCGCCUCAUCAGUAUGCGGGCCUUUUUAAUGUUGACGAUGCCAUUUCGGACGGUGGGACACUGAAGGAUGCAACUUUGCCGCCUCCACCGCCAUUUCCAGGCUCAAAUGGCCCUGGAACAGGAGGCGUGAAUGACGAAGACGAUCCAGAGGAAGACAUGUUUCCGCCAGAUAUGUCCCGGGACGAGAGUCCGUCACUCACGGGGCUGCCUCCACCGCCGUCUUACAUGGACGUCUUCACGGCUUCUGGGCGUCCCCAGGCCGAUAUUGCGGUGGAGCCGCCUCGUAGUGUGGAUCUCCACGGCAUUGUGGAAUUUGCAUCGGGCGACGGAAUGUACCCUGGUCAACUGGAACGGCCUCCUCCUUUUGAAGCUCACAGCAACGAACCCUUCCACCCUCUACCGAAAUAUUUAGAAGCCCCGUUGCCUCCUGCAGAAGAAACUCCGUCUCUAGUCGGCCAGCCAAGUCGGCUCCAGGAACUCCGGCGUCAGUACAUUGAAUCAGAGCGGCAACGCAACUUGUUGCAGAACGGUCAUGCUACGAUGGUGAGCACUUACUCUGAUAUCGAUGACUCUGGACUCGUGGUGCGUCAUCCAAGACAGCUUUUGGACGACAGCCUGAUAGCAAUUAGUGAGCCGUCUCCCCAGCUACCGCCACCGGAGCUGUGGGUUCGCUGGAGUGAAGGUCCACUUGGCAUCACGUUUAAGCGUAAGAACGGGCAGAUUGUGGUGUCACGACUUACUGGAUCUGGUUAUUCUCCAGGACUGACACAGCUUCGUCCCGGAGACUGGCUGGUGUCGUUCAGCAACCAACCCACGCAAAAUCUACGACUCGGCGAAACAAUGGAACUACUGAAGCGUUCGCCGAAGCCCGUCGAUAUGUGCUUCAUUGUGCAGUAG